CCCGGCCCGGCCCGGCAGGCAGUCAGCUGACGCCGCCGUUUAAUGGCAUGGCGGCCUGAGCGGCGCCAGCUCCGCCGUGUCCUCUCGGAAUGCUUCGGUUCCUGCUCCCGCUGGCCGGAUUGGCAGUGCUUCUCCAGGCGGCGGAUAUACCCGAGAGGAGUUUUGGGAUUGAUUAUGACUCUGGCUGCUUUGUCAAGGAUGGGAGACCUUUCCGUUACAUCUCGGGUAGCAUUCACUACUCACGGGUGCCCCGGUAUUACUGGAGCGACCGCUUGUUGAAGAUGAAGAUGGCAGGACUUGAUGCCAUUCAAACGUAUGUGCCAUGGAACUACCAUGAAACCCAGAUGGGCGUGUAUGAUUUUUCUGGUGAUAAAGAUCUGGAACAUUUCCUGCAGCUUGCUAGUGACACCGGUUUGCUGGUUAUCCUGAGAGCUGGACCUUACAUCUGUGCAGAAUGGGACAUGGGAGGUCUUCCUGCAUGGCUACUGGAGAAGAAAUCUAUUGUUCUCAGGUCUUCUGAUUCAGAUUACCUGGCAGCAGUGGAGAAAUGGAUGGGUGUCCUUUUGCCAAAGAUGAGGCCUCAUCUCUAUCAAAAUGGAGGUCCAGUCAUCAUGGUGCAGGUAGAGAAUGAGUAUGGAAGCUACUUCGCUUGCGACUAUGACUAUCUGCGUUUCCUUCUGAAGCUCUUCCGCCAGCAUCUUGGGGAUGAGGUGGUGCUGUUCACAACUGAUGGUGCAAGCCAGUUUCACUUGAGAUGUGGAGCUCUUCAGGGUCUUUAUGCAACAGUGGACUUUGCCCCAGGUGGCAAUGUCACAGCAGCAUUUUUAGCUCAAAGAGGCAGUGAACCUAGAGGCCCUUUGGUUAAUUCUGAGUUUUAUACGGGAUGGCUGGAUCACUGGGGGCACCGUCAUUCUGUUGUGCCCACAGAAACUAUAGCUAAAACACUUAAUGAAAUCCUGGCAUGUGGUGCUAACGUUAACCUGUACAUGUUUAUAGGUGGGACUAACUUUGCCUAUUGGAAUGGUGCUAAUAUGCCCUAUGCGCCACAGCCCACUAGUUAUGACUAUGAUGCUCCACUGAGUGAAGCGGGGGAUCUGACAGAAAAAUAUUUUGCCUUGAGGGAAGUCAUUGGUAUGUAUAAGCAGUUACCAGAAGGUCUUAUCCCUCCGACAACACCCAAAUUUGCAUACGGGAGUGUUCACUUGCAGAAGGUGGGCACUGUGGUGGAGGUUCUUGACAGGCUGUCACCUGUAGGACCAGUGAAAAGCACUUACCCGUUAACCUUUGUUCAGCUAAAGCAGUAUUUUGGGUUUGUACUGUACAGAACUAAGCUUCCAAAAAACUGUACAGAGCCAACACAGCUGUCUUCACCUUUAAACGGAGUCCAUGAUCGGGCCUAUGUCUCUGUCGAUGGGAUUCCUCAGGGUGUCCUUGAAAGGGACAAAUCGCUUAUGAUAAAUAUAACUGGGAAGGCUGGAGCAAAUCUGGACAUCUUGGUAGAGAAUAUGGGCCGAGUCAACUUUGGUAGAUACAAUAAUGACUUUAAGGGUCUAGUUUCAAAUUUAACUCUUGAUCAAGAUACGCUUGUUGAAUGGGAAAUUUAUCCUCUAGACAUAGAUGGAGCAGUGAACCGUGGCCACCUUGACCAACCAAAGAGAUUUGUUGGCAAUCCACUGAGUUAUGAAGUGCCUACUUUUUACACUGGUAGACUUUCAAUUCCUGGAGGGAUUCCAGACUUGCCUCAAGACACCUAUGUCAAGUUUCCUGACUGGACAAAGGGGCAAAUUUGGAUCAAUGGCUUUAAUCUGGGUCGCUACUGGCCAGCUCGUGGUCCUCAGUUGACGCUUUUUGUUCCAAGGAAUAUACUUGUUUCAUCAGUGCCCAAUAACAUAACAGUGUUGGAGCUGGAGCAUUCUCCUUGCAGCACCUCGGCGUGCGAGAUAGAAUUUGUAGACAAACCUAUUAUCAAUGCAACCACACAGUAUGAAAAGUAUGACUCCCGACUCCAUCUUAGAGACAAAUUGAACCAUCUAUAGAACCAUCUAGAAUGACUCAAGCAUUUCCUUAUCUUUCCCCUGCUUUGUUUCUCUUUCCCUCAAACCAUACUUCCCAUUUUUGAAGCCUUAGUGUUAAUUUUAAAUCCGCCAGAGUUGAAUACUGAAAUUCUCUUAAAAAAUAAAAGCUAUAGAUUUAGAAUUUGCUUUGGACUGUGAAAUUGAGCUCACCUGGAAGACAACAUUCACAUCAGAGUUCCGAAUAGACUAGACACUUCCAGCUGGUUUUAUCACUUGUUGUUGGUAUAAAUAUCAUUUUAGUCCGAACAGACUCACUGCGAAUGCUGAGUGGACCUCAGUUUUUUUUCACCUCCACGAAAGUGACCUUAGAAAAUUUUCACUUGGUUUCUCACGAGAACAGUGAGAAGAGCUGUGGAAGAGAGCACUCAAAUGCAAGCUGGUCCAAACAGCAGUAACAUUGAGAAGGGACUUGGUAAUCUGCAUCUGUCCCCUUUAACUAAAUUGAUGAGUACAAGGACAUACAUAAAAUUUAGGCUGUUUUGGUUGAACCAUAGCCUUUGAUUAACCUGCAUACAGAAUGUAGUCUUAAAAUGAGCCAUUUUUCAUUUCACGGAUCCUGUUUUUCAUAAACCAGCACCUUGGAAGUGGAAGGCUUUAUAUUUCAGUUCUCUUAUAGUCAUCUUGUAGUCACAUCUUCUGCUUUGUUCCAUUAAACCGAUGAUCUUUGUAAGUGCCUGAUAUUUGCAAAGAUGCACAAUCUCUGUCAGUAAAGCUGACUUUCUACAGCAGACAGAAUCUUUGUUUUGAUUCUUAUGAUUUUGAUGUCAAUCAUGCACACCCCUUGGUGAGAUUUAAACAACGAAAGAUUAAGAUGGUGGAAUCAGCUAUUUUCAUAAUCUGUGGUUUCUUCCUUUGAUUUUUUUCCUAUCUGGAAUUAUUAAAAUGAUUCUUUAAUGAUUAAA